AUGGCAGACCCAGCCAUCUUCAACUUCCUCAACGACCACCAACACAACAACACCAAACCCUUUACUUCUAAACCCCCAAGAAAGUCCAAUAUUACAACUCACCCACCACCCCAAUCCUCCUCCCGUCUCUUCCAAUGCCUUUACUGCCCUCGCAAAUUCUACACCUCCCAAGCUCUCGGCGGCCACCAAAACGCCCACAAGCGUGAACGCGCCGCCGCUCAUCGUAACCUAUCCCUCGACCCACCACCGCCGCCGCCAAUGCCUCGACUAGGUCAUCAUCAUCACCAGUAUUUUGCUUCGGAUUCUCUUGGUGUUGGAGCUCAUUCGCCAUUUGAUGAACAUUCGCAGUGCUAUUGGCUCGACCCGAACCAGACUCAGUUUAAUCCUGCUGAGUUCUAUGGUGAGCCGGUUAGUAAUACUUAUGAUGGUGGUGAUGUUAAUGCUGAUGAUUCUUUGUCUUUAUUUGGUCUUCGUGAUGUUGAUGGCGCUGAUCCUCCUGUUAAUCUCGAUCUUUCGCUUCAUUUAUGA